AUGCUGCGCGCCUCUCUUCGCUCAUGCCGGGCGCUGGCUUACAAGCCCAGUGCUGCCAGCCCCGGGCAUCAAUGGCACACGACACAAGAGAUCUUGGGGGGUUCUGCCAACCUGAGAGGAUAUGCCAACAAUACCAAGGCCAAUGCCAGUGACCUGAAACCUGCUGUUCCCCGUGGCUCCGCGAUCCAAACUAGUCCGCAACGACCUCCUCCCUCAACAUCUGGUCCAACACCAGCUACACCAAGCUCGACUUCUCCGAUCUCACCUGGAAGUGUGCCCCCGACACCUCCACCAACAUCGAGUAGCUCGCCUCCCCCGCCCUCUCCAAAGCCGAAAAAGCGCAGAAUCCGCCGAUUCAUAACCACACUUCUUCUGCUAACUACCUUGGGGUUCGGAGGGGGGAUCUAUUACUCUAGCAUCAAUGACAACUUCCAUGACUUCUUUACGGAAUAUGUCCCCUUCGGAGAAGAUGCAGUGCUAUAUUUUGAGGAGAGAGAGUUCAGAAAACGGUUCCCAUCUAUUGGCAAUCGCUCGACCCGUCCGCGCGAUACAGGCGAUCGGGUCAAAAUUCCAAGCCAGAGUGGGGUAUCGUGGAGAGUAGCUGAGGACACACGUCAUGCGAAUGCGACAAAACCGGGUGGGCCCAAACCUACAGAGACCCUACAGACACCUUCGAAGUCACCGGAAGCAAAGUCGCUGGACCAAGUCCAAGCCGCCGAGACUGUGAAGGACACAACACCUGUGCCUUCAACUGGCAAACCCAACUCGCCUGCAAAAUCAGUUGAGAUCCAACAAGCCCCCAACCCAGGGCAUCCAGUGUUGGAAGAGGCGCCAGCACCCAAAUCUCCAGAGCCGGUUUCCUUCGCACCACCGGAAGUUGACCAGCCUUCGAUAUUCCCUCCGGAGGUCACCCGCAUUGACCCUCUCAAUAUUAAAGAUGCCAAUGAACCUUUAGCUCAAGAUUUGGUCAAGAUUCUGAACGAUAUCAUUGCUGUUGUAAAUGCCGACGGCAGCAACGCGAAAUUUUCCAGCACUAUUGGCAAGGCGAAGAAUGAGCUCAGCAAAGUCGGAGUCAAAAUUCAAGCAUUGAAAGCUGAAGCACAAAAGGAUGCGGAAGCCAAAAUCAUGAGUGAGAAGGAGGACUUCGACCGUGCUGCUAGGGAACUUAUCCGACGCGUAGAGGUUGAAAUGGCGCAGCAGCAAUCUCAAUGGCAAGAGGAAUAUCAAAAUGAGCGCCAAAAGAUCCAGCAAGCAUACGAAGAGAAGCUAGAGGCUGAGAUUGACCGAGCUAAUCAGGUCAACGAGCAACGACUCCGUAACGAGUUGCUGGAACAGGCGGUAGAAAUGAAGCAGAAAUUUAUUGCCGAGGUAAAGGAUCACGUCGAAGAGGAGCGGAAUAGCCGCUUGGGCAAACUCACAGAUCUCUCGAAGACGGUUAACGACCUUGAAAAGCUUGCCACUGAUUGGAACUCGGUGAUCGAUGCGAAUCUUAAGACCCAGCACCUUCACGUUGCCGUCGAGGCGGUCCGUGCAAAUCUGGAGAAGAGCCAGAUGCCCAGGCCGUUUACUCGAGAACUUGCAGCAUUGAAGGAAAUCGCGUCGGAUGACGCAGUGGUAAAUGCGGCCAUUGCCUCAAUAAACCCCACCGCCUAUCAACGUGGUAUUCCUUCUUCUGCUCAGCUCAUCGACCGUUUCCGACGCGUUGCCCAAGAAGUCAGGAAGGCCUCACUUUUGCCUGAAGAUGCAGGCGUUGCCAGCCAUGCUUCGAGCUACCUCCUAAGCAAAGUGUUGUUUAAGAAGAAGGGCCUAGCUACUGGUGAUGAUGUAGAAAGCAUCUUGACGCGAGCGGAGACAUACCUGGAAGAGGGAUAUCUGGACGGGGCGGCCAGAGAGAUGAAUGGCCUCAAAGGCUGGGCGAAAACAAUAAGCAGAGACUGGCUUGGUGAUGUGAGGAAAGUUUUGGAGGUGCAGCAGGCUUUAGAUGUAAUUGCUACAGAGGCAAGGCUAGAGAGCUUGAGAGUCGAAUAG